AGACUAAUACCAUAUUUCUCUCUUUCUAGUGAGAGAAACACUCGCCUGAAUAUUCUAGAGAGAGAAACCGUCGCCGCUCCGGCGGAACAACAUCUCUAUUCAUCUCUCACCCACAGAGCUGUUGUAAGUCAUAUAUAAGCGCAAAUCUGUUCAUAUUCCAGUCGGAGUGUGCACAUUCACGUUUCUCGAUGUAGUUGUCGUCGUUUCGUUUAGAUUUCGUCUUCACGUUGCUGGACAUCUUGUUUCAGACUCUGCGGAAAGAGACGUAGUAGAUUUAAUUUUUUUGAGAUUUUCCGUAUCUUAAGGCUUGCACGGAUAUCUAUGCAUAUCUAAUCUUCUUACUUUUACUUAUAUGUGAAUCGACACCGUUUUCGCAUCGAAGUUUUUUGAUCUCUCUCUCUCUCUCUCUAUUUUCUCCGUGACUUGAAUCGCUUUUGAAUAAGAAUUAUUGAAUGUAGCUUCUUGAGGCUUUUGUAACUUGAAUUAUUUUGGCAAAUUUGCGUGACUGUGGAGUGUGAGGUAAUAACUUGAUGAAUCUAUGAAGAAAUCAAACUGGUUUAAGCAAAUUUCAAACAGUGGGAAGCUGGAGAGGAGGCUAUCUCUUGGGGAGUACAAGAGAGCUGUGUCGUGGUCAAAGUAUUUGGUAUCGUCUGGAGGCGAGAUAAAAGCGAAAGGGGAAGAAGAAGAAGAUAUAGAAUGGAGUGCUGAUAUGUCACAGCUGUUCAUUGGCAAUAAGUUCGCUACGGGGAGGCACAGUAGGGUUUACAGAGGGGUUUAUAAACAGAAAGAUGUUGCGAUUAAGCUUAUUAGUCAGCCGGAGGAAGAUGGCGAUUUGGCCUCUAUGUUGGAAAAGCAGUUCACUUCGGAGGUCGUCUUGCUUUUUCGUCUCCAACAUCCCAACAUCAUCACUCUCAUUGCGGCUUGUAAGAAACCUCCUGUAUUUUGUAUAAUCACCGAGUACUUGGCGGGUGGUUCCCUGAGGGCAUACCUCCAUCAGCAGGAGCCGUAUUCACUGCCUCCCAACCUAGUUCUAAAGUUGGCCCUUGACAUUGCCUUGGGAAUGCAAUAUCUUCAUUCUCAGGGUGUACUUCACAGGGAUCUGAAAUCUGAAAAUCUACUGCUUGGUGAAGAUAUGUGUGUAAAAGUAGCGGAUUUUGGUAUCUCAUGUUUGGAAUCUCAAUGUGGUAGUGCAAAGGGAUUUACAGGUACUUAUCGUUGGAUGGCACCAGAAAUGAUCAAAGAGAAGAAACAUACAAAGAAAAUUGAUGUUUACAGUUUUGCGAUUGUUCUGUGGGAACUUUUAACUGCAUUGACACCAUUUGACGACAUGACUCCGGAACAGGCUGCAUUUGCUGUGUGCCAGAAGAAUGCUCGACCUCCGUUACCUGGUACGUGUCCAAGUGCAUUUCGGCAGCUGAUACGUCGAUGCUGGUCAAGCAAACCAGAGAAGCGAUUGGGGUUCGAUGAAAUAGUGAGGAUUCUGGAGAGAUACAGAGCAUGUGUCGAGGAAGAUCCAAAUUUCUUGACAUGGUAUGAACCUGGUAAGGGUGGUGGAAGUUUGUUGGGAUGCUUGAGGAAAGGAAAGCAGCAUUAAUCAUGGCUUAUGGUUGGUUCCUUCCUGCCUGUAAGAUUACUACAAUACUUUUAAAAAGACAAGGGUUGGGAUUGUUUGUUAUUGGCCUCCUCCCCCCUGCCCAAAUUAGCUAGCGUGGGGAUUUACUUACACUAUUAAGUUAUACUACAACAUCAUGUUUCU